GAGUUGCUGUCGGCGGCUUCCGUCUUUAACAAUAUCGUUCUAGAUUUCUCCGUCCAUUCCAUUCCCAUUUCAUUUCAUUUCAAUUCUUUCAUUUCUAUUUCCUAAUCGAGCGAUGAUGAUGAAGAUGGGUUUUCUCGCACCUUAUUCAUCCACUAUUCUCACUCCUCCCAAAAUCCUCCCCAAGUUCUACGGUUUUUCUCGAAUCCGUUUCUACAAGACUGUGAGGAAUCCCAGUUUCUUAUUUAGAAUCGACGCGAUUUCUCGAUCUAUCACCCGCCCUAUCGCGGUUUGCUCAUCCAACCAAAAGCCGGAGAAUGCCCAAGUGGAGACGCGUCAGUCAGAAGAGAUUUCAGGAGGCGAUCUUACGGCGGAAGAGAAGAAAAAUGUUAGAGAGAGCUGGAACGUUGAAGUGGGAAGCCCUUCUCUACGGUCCCAUUUGCCUGCCGCUAAGAUGAGCUUGAAUGACAAAGCUUUCUUUCUUUUGACAUUCACUGCUUGCACGACUUCAGUGGCAUUUACAAGUCUUGUCAUUGCAACUAUUCCAACCCUAUAUGCAAUGGGUAGAGCUGCAAUAUCAAUGUCGAAGCUAGCAGACACGGUAAGAGAGGAGCUUCCUAGUACAAUGGCUGCAAUAAGACUUUCUGGAAUGGAAAUUAGUGAUCUUACUCUGGAGCUGAGUGAUCUAAGUCGUGAGGUAACUGAUGGGGUGAACAAAUCUGCACAAGCUGUGAAAGCAGCUGAGGCUGGGGUUCGAAAAAUCGGUUCUCUUGCCCGCCAACAGACAAUGUCUAUGAUAGAGGAAAGGGCAAACCUGCCCACCAUUUCAUUACAACCAGUAGUAACAGGUGCAGCAAAGAAGACUUCUCGUGCUGUUAGCCAAGCCACGAAGUCCUUGAUGAAUAUGCUCUCUGGCGUAGACAAGGAUGGCGAUGAUGAACAUGAAUCCUCCUCAAACAGAUUAGUAUGAUUUCUUUCCUUGUUUGUUGAUUCUACCUCGAGCUGGUUAAAGCUGAACCGGGUAUAUGCAAGAAACCUUUUUUAGGUAGGAUCCAAGCUUUGUAUUUUUGUCUGUAUGAGAAAAUCUAGGUUAAUAGAAACACUCUCUUGCCGUAUGUAUAGAUGAAUGAUGUUACAUUUCACCUAACAAAUAAAACCAAAAUAUAAGGUACUCUGUUUUUGUCUGUCUUUGUUUCAACGUACACUUACAGUAAGAAGUUUUGUUA